AUGGAGAGUCUCCUCACUAAGGCUAGGGUCCCCGGGACCCUAGCCCUGGGGUCUGGCUCCUGGCCCCUGGCUACAGUGUGCAGCCUCCUCACACUCCUUGGCCUGAGGCUCCUUGACUGGCUUUCUUCAAAAUAUUACGUGGCUACAUGUCUGGAAACAGACUUGGCUGACAUCACCAAGUCCUACCUGAAUGCACACGGCUCCUGCUUCUGGGUGGCUGAGUCUGGGGGGCAGGUGGUGGGCACAGUGGCUGCUCAACCAGUCAAGGAUCCUCCAGUGGGGAGGAAGCAGCUGGAGCUCUUUCGCCUGUCUGUGUCCUCACAGCAUCGAGGGCAGGGGAUAGCGAAAGCGCUGGUCAGAAUUGUCCUCCAGUUUGCACGGGACCAGGCCCACAGCGAUGUUGUCCUUGAGACCAGCACUGUGCAGUAUAGUGCUGUGGCUCUCUACCAGGCCAUGGCCUUCCAGAAGACAGGCGAGCACUUUGUCAGCAUACCCAUGGGGUUAGGGGGUCUUUCUAUCCUUCACUUCACCCACUCUCUCCCUUUCGCUGUGGAACCAGGGAUGUGAUCUUUUUUUGCCAUGUCUGUGAGGCUGCAGUUCACUGUGCUGUAGGAACAAGCAAACCCUGGCCGUUUUCUACC